AGUCAAGUCACUGCACCAACAAAUCCGGCAACCGAGAAAGGGACAGACAGAGCUCUUGAAUUAGCGAAAUCGAUUCUCGCUAGCGAGACUUCGAAGCAAAAACUUCUUAUCGUUAUGUCGGAUGGUCAGCCGUCCACGUGCACGGUGGAGAAGCCAUCUAAAUCGGAACUUGAACUUGCCAAAGAUAUACGAGGAAUGGGUGUUGUGUGUUGGUUUGUUGUGUUUUUGUGGUUGGGGUGUGGGGGUGUUGUGGUUGUUUACCCAUCACUCUCAACACUUCCAACACCGCUCCAGCAGAAUAUAACCGGAGAUCCUGAUCUAGUCUUCAGACUUGAUUUUGAUGUGUUAGCUGAUAUAAUCGCAAAGUUGCUGGGCAGCACCACAACUGCCGCAGCCAGCACAGCUUCUGCCGCAGCCAGCACUGCUUCGCCAACCACUAAGGGCAAUCCUACGAUAACAACCGUCAGCCCGGCACCAGAAGAAAAAGCGCGCAAGAAAGAGCACCGACGUGAGCUGGCGAUUCGGCUUGUGAAAAUUAAUUGCCGAUGUGAUUGUAAGAUUACCUCAGGAACCUCUAUGGAAAUACCACCAGUGGGUGUAAUGCAACGAGUCUUCAAGGAUGGUGAAGGGAAAGUAGUAGAGAUCAGUGUACUGGUGAAACUUGUUAAUUCAUUGAAAAAUGCAAGAAUAGGAGUUGUAGCAAUCAGCUGUCCAUCAGAAAUCCUUCUUACGAUGGGGAUCUACAGCGAAAGUGAUAUACGGUAA